AUGCCGAGUACAACUGUACUGAAUAGCCCAGUCUCCUUCGCCGAUAAACACAUCACUAUGUCCCUCCAAGAGCAAUUUGACCAAGCCGCUGCUAAUGUCAAGAAGCUGAAGUCACUACCCAGCGACUCCGACCUCCUUGAACUGUAUGCCUACUUCAAACAGGCCACAGUAGGUGAUGCCGACCCAGCGAACAAACCAGGCAUGUUUGAUCUUAAGGGCAAGGCUAAAUUCGAAGCCUGGAGUGGAAAGAAGGGGCUCUCAAAGGAAGACGCCCAAAAAGCGUACAUCGCUAAAGUAGAAAGCCUUAUCGCUUCACUCGGCCUACAAUAA